AUCUCUAAACUUCUGACGCCCUCAUCAUUAUCACAUAACGCGGGACGAAUGCUGAGGGCUAUACUGGUUCCAAUUGACUUUAACCUCAACUCCAACCCGAACUCCCAACCUUCAACACCGAAAUCUGCGCAACCGGGAAAGACGCGCAGAGAAUGACGCUGGAAAUCCAUUCCCCGCAACAAUCGGUCAACGAGCGCAGAGGCCAGCGACUGGCGCCGCUACAAACCAACUUCAGCCGUCCCACCGCGCGCCCCAUACAAGUGACGGCUUCCCGACCACAGCGACCCCGACCGUCCGAUUAUCAGACUGAUGAGGAGGGCGGAGAGCGAGUGCCUUUACAACCCGCGCCGGUGAAACGCCAGACAUCCAAAUCCAGUCUACGCAACAUUUUCGGGCGCGACAAGUCGGCCCGUAAGCCAGCUCCCGAUGUCAAGCUGUCCGGUAUCGACGAACAGAAACCCGCCAUCGAACAACCGGCCCCCAACGCGGGGUCAGCGUCCUUAUCGCCCACCUUGGUCGCGACUCCGAGGACCAAUGCCUCUGCUGCGACUCUCCCUACUUCUCCCACCACAGUUGCCUCCCAACGCUCGAGACUACCUGCAAAGUCGCGCGGGAAGUCGAGCGACGAGCAACCUCCGGCCGGGGACCUAGGCUGGAAACCACCGCCACUGUUCCAGGCUUACCCACAGUCGAUCAAGCAUGAUUCAUUGCCAGUUCCCGCUCUCUCCGUCGAGUCCAUUCUGCGCAUGCAGGCCACAGCGAAAGCGAAGGGAAUCGUGUCCCGCGAUGAUAAUCCCUCCAGCAAAUCGUCACAGAACGGAGACGCCACGGAGGACAGCACCAAAAAGAAAAAGGAGGAGAAGGAGAGAAAGAGGCACUUGCGCACCCUCUCCGAGACCAUCAACAAGACUGAGUGGUCUCAGAAGGUCUUCGUGCUCGCUACUGCCGGUUACAUCCUACAAUAUGCGGGCUCGGGCAAGCACGACCGUUUACCGGAGAAAAUGCUCCAAUUGGGACCGAAAUCCGUGGCAUUUGCCAGUGAUGCAAUCCCAGGAAAGCAUUACGUCCUACAGGUGACACAGUCUUCAGAAGAGGAGGGCAUAGAGAGCACUAAACCUCGAUUCCGCUUUGGGUUUCAUCGUUCACAUGCUCGGCGGAUGGAGCGCACAUUCUUGCUGGUGUUUGACCAUCCCGAGGACAUGAAUACCUGGCUUCUCGCUGUCCGGGCCCAGAUCGAAGCGCGUGGCGGCAAGAAGUAUAUCUCCGAGAGAACUGACGAUGAACCGGGACACCAGCUGCAUAAUAAACCUAGUGUUCGUCAGAUGAUUACAAAGGAUACGAAGCGCUAUUCCACGCUGAUUCCGCCCCCGCUGCCCGCCGGCGAGGAAAGGGAGUCAAGCCUGAGUGAUCAGUCUCGUCGAGAUUCGUACGUCUCGAUCAAUCACCGUUCGAUAGUGUUACCCCCGGCAUCCGAGUCUCGUUCUGGGUCCAUCUCCACCACCCAUACCGAAGUGACGUCCCCGGCCAGCAAUUCCGGUCGCUUUUACUCUAUGGCAGCGUCCAGUGUCCCGAGUAUGCCUUCUGCAGAUCACGUGCCUACAUCCUCGGAUGUGGCCAGCCCAACCUCUUCGACUUCGACUAAGCGCCGAUCGAUGCAUGCAUCGCCGACGCAAGCGAUGCCCACGGCUGCCGAGAUGGCGGCCGAAAUUCCCCGAGCUCAGUCGACCCAGCCCGACCAGAUCUAUCGCAGCACCUCCCCACCUGCGCCAAAUUUCAGCGUUCCGUCCUUCAGCAAACGGUUCACGGCUCGGUUCGGGCCCCUGCAAGUGCCGCAGUUCGCACAGACCCCGCCGGCUCUCGAGGUCGUCAAUAACGACUCGUCUGUGGAUACCCUGUCUGCAUUUCCAUCUCCCCCGCAUUCCCCGGGCAAGAUCCCCAACGGUCUUGUGCAUGAGAUGCACGAGCCGCAACCGGCUCGACCUGUCCACGGACUGGCUCCUCCCAAGCCACUGCGGGUGUCUAGUUCGCAGGAUUCUCUGGUAGAUCCAACAGCUCGGGGCGGCGAAUCCAAGGCUCAUCGUCUCUCCCGUCUGCCUCGCGAUCCGUUGCAGUCUGCGGCUAAUACUGUGCGUCCUACCACUGCUGUUGGCGGAAAGCCUCCUUCAGACUUGCAUCUGCUGGCUGAAGAGCCACCGAACCGCCAUGAGCCACCCCGCGCGCGGGGAUCGGUGAUGUACCCCAACGAUCCCAAUGCACGCCUGCCGCCGGCCGGGAUGGGCCGACGCAAGAGCAUGCCCGGACUGAUCGGGCCGCCUGCUGCCCCGCCACCCAACUGUCCCUUGCCGAAAAUCCCCUCUCCCAUCGACCCGCAACCGGAUGGCUGGUGCGAAUCGCCCAUGGACCCGGGACAAUUCAUGGUGCCAUUGCAGCCGAUCCACGAGCAGCGGAAAAGUCUGGCUCCAGGCCCGUAUGGCUCGAGUGGGCGCCGCAGCGUCUCGCGUCAGUCGAGGAUAGCACCAUGACCUCGCCGCCACUUUCGUUUCUGGCCUGGACGGCCACCAGCUAAUUUUUCUUAUGCAUUUCACGUCGCCACGGCACGAUACACUUGCACAUACGGCU